UGUAUCUAUUGCUUUCUUUAAUUCCUGUCCUAUUUUUUCAGGGUUUUCCAGGCAAUGCUGGUACAAGAGGACCAGAUGGGCCCCCAGGUUCACCGGGACCACCUGGGAAGACGGGUCCCCUGGGCUCUCCAGGUCCUCCAGGAGAAAAAGGUUUUACAGGGAAACCAGGCCUGGAAGGACCUCAGGGCCCAGUUGGCAUGUAUGGUGCUGCAGGGAACGCGGGAAUCCAAGGACUUCCAGGUUCAAUAGGAGAAAGGGGUGAGCCAGGUUUAAGAGGGUUACCCGGCCCUCCAGGAAAGCCAGGUCCUAAAGGUGUUCAAGGUUCUCCUGGAGACAGAGGACCUCGGGGAUCUCAGGGCCGACUUGGAGAUGAAGGACCUAAAGGCAUCCAGGGGCCGCCUGGGCCUGCUGGUCUUCCAGGUUCUAAUGGUGGGCCGGGCAAACCUGGACCCAGAGGAAGCAUCGGGCCCCCAGGGCCUCAAGGGCCUCAGGGGCCACCAGGAAUCCCAGGUCCACAGGGGGCCGAUGGGUCAAUGGGAGCAGCCGGAGGAAAAGGACCCAAAGGUUCCCCUGGACUGUAUGGAGAGCCAGGUCCCCCAGGACUAAGUGGACCUCAGGGUCUUCCUGGUCAAAGAGGAACCGAAGGCCCCCCUGGAAGGAAAGGAGAUCAGGGGGACCUGGGUGCUUGUGGAGCACCUGGACCUCAAGGGCCCAAAGGAGACAGAGGAUCUGAGGGGACAAAAGGCCCUCGGGGAUUAGCUGGACCAAUGGGUAAAGAGGGGGAAGUUGGACAUCCUGGUGAACCUGGGGAUACUGGACCUGCAGGAGAAAAGGGUGACCUUGGACCUCCUGGUUUGACAGGUCAAGAGGGUCCCUGGGGAGCCACUGGAGAAAAUGGUUUCCAGGGCCCAAAGGGAGAAAAGGGCAACAAUGGGCUAAUGGGAGAACCUGGAUUGAUGGGGGAGCUGGGUCCUAGAGGUCUGCCUGGGCUCCAGGGAAUCCCAGGUCCUCCAGGACCUCCAGGACCCGAUGGACCUCAGGGACAGAAGGGGGAGCGUGGGCCGGUAGGAACCACUGGACCACCAGGAUUAGAAGGUCCUCAGGGAUUAAUUGGGCCAAAAGGGGUCAGAGGUGACCCAGGGGGAUUCGGCCCAACUGGACAAAUGGGACAAGCUGGACCAAAGGGGGAUGAGGGAGUCAAAGGAGACCCCGGGACAUUAGGGCUGAAGGGUGAACCAGGAGUACCAGGCCCAGCAGGAGAACAGGGUGAAGAUGGUCCCCCAGGAAUCCAGGGCCCCUCAGGUCUACCAGGAUUGGAGGGAACUCCAGGAGAGCUUGGAGCUCAGGGUCCUCCUGGUCCUGCUGGGGCUCCUGGGACAUAUGGUAAACCUGGAGCAGAGGGAAAACAAGGCACAAAGGGAGAAAAGGGAGAUGAUGGGGAAAUUGGACCUCCAGGGAAAACUGGUCCCAUUGGGAGGAGGGGGAAACGGGGAAAGGCUGGAGUCAGAGGGACCAGGGGAGACAGAGGACCAAAGGGUGAAAAGGGAGAUCAGGGGACAACAGGCCUUCCAGGAUGGCCAGGAACCAUUGGACUUCCUGGACUACCUGGAGAUCUGGGGGAACAAGGCACAAAGGGAAAUGAGGUAAACUAG